UGUGUACGAAAGACAAAGUUUAAGGAGAGGUAUCAUUUUUUCCUGUUCUGGUUUUUAACGCAGAUUUUACUAUUCUCACCCGAAGAGCGCUUUAUUCAUAUGCUAAUGAUUUUAUAUGAGGUGCAGACUCGCGUUAAACGCCCCACGGUAUAAAUCUGGCAGCACGUUUUAGCUUUAUUCACCUUUCGUCGAUGGAAAACACACGCGAGGGAGCUCUCCAGACCAGCAUGGACAGCGAGGAAGAGUUUUCAUUUUCUUCUUCCUCUUCUUCAGAAGACGAACAUUUGGAGGAUGAACGCUUGUAUUUUAAGAAGCGAUUUCAUCUGAAAGAAGCAAUCGUUUGUAUUGAGAAUGUGGCACCUUUACUUGCAUCUCAUACAAGUGCAGCACGCAAACGUCGUUCAGUUUUCAGUGCCGUGGAGAAUCUUAACGAAGGUGAGAAUGACGGUGACCAAAUGCCUGUUGCAAAGAAAGCCAAGACUCUUUCAUGGAAAGCAGAGACUGAUGUUGACCGGGUUCCACAGACUCUGAGGUUCCUGCCUGCACGGGAACCUGGACCACAGUUGAGUCCUGCUGACUCGCACUCUCCCAUGAGUCUUUUCAAGCUGUUUUUCACAGAGAGCGCCGUGGAAAAUCUGUGCCACAACACAAAUGCUCAGGCUGCCAGGGCAAUUGCAAAGGGCUGCAAGUACAAAUGGACAGAUGUCAGUGUUGAUGACAUGUAUCGCUACAUUGGACUCAUUUUCUACAUGGCCACAGUGAAGAUGAGCUCCAUCACUGACUAUUGGCGGCAAGACAAUCUGUUCUCUCUGCCUUUUCCCGCUACGGUUAUGUCAAGGGACAGAUACCGCACCAUUUCAUGGAACGUGCACUUGAGUCACCCAGAUGCAGACAAGGAAAACGACAGAAAGAGGGGCACAGCCGAACAUGACCGUCUUUUCAGGAUCAAACCCCUCAUGGACACUGUCCGUCUUGCCUGCAAAUCCUUCUAUCAUCCUAGAAGAAAUUUAGCUGUAAAUGAGAGAUUGGUGGCGUGCAGAACAAAUAGAGAAAUGACACGGUUCACAACAGUUAAGCAAACAAAGUUCAAGUUUUUUGAGCUUUCAGACUCAUCAAAUGGAUAUACAGUGGACUUUUCUGUCUACACGGGGAAGAAUAGUUUUCCCACAGACCGUGGGCUUUCGUAUGAUGCUGUGAUGUCUCUCUUGGACAAUAAAGGUUUGGGCUCUGGAUAUCAUGUGUACAUGGAUGAUUUCUACACAAGUCCAAAGCUCUUAACAGACUUGUUUACUAUGAAGUUUGGUGCUUGUGGAACUUACAGAGACCACAGGAAGGACUUCCCGAAGACCACAGCUAAUUCACUGACCAGAAACUCCAGCAGGGGAUCCAUCAGGUGGAUUCGGGAUGGGCCUCUUGUGUGUGUGAAGUGGAUGGACACGCAAGUGGUGUCUGUUUGUUCCACCAUUCAUGCCGCCUAUACAGGAGAGCGUGUGCAAAAGAGAGUCAAAGAACAAGAUACGUGGAAGACAAAGUCUUUUCCAUGUCCUGCACCUGUGACCGCAUACAACCAGCACAUAGGGGGUGUUGACCUGUCUGAUCAGCUCUUGCAGUACUACGCCGCACAACACAAAACCAUGAAGUGGUACAGAAAAAUCUUUCUACACUUCUUGGACAUUGCUGCCACCAACGCUUUCAUAUUGCACAAAGAGCUGUACGGCAACAUGAGCCACAGUCAGUUCAUGGAAGAGCUUAUUGCAGAGCUCUGUGGCGUGUCACAGAAAGCAGCACCAAAACAGACCAGCACAGACCAUGUACCAGUUCCAGGAGCUGAGCUGACUUCAGACGUCAGAAGAAUUGCUACUGUUGGUCGCCGGAUUUGCGUGCAUUGCAAAGCAGUGCGUGGCAAGAAGCAGCAAACGCCUUGGAAAUGCCAGGCAUGCAACGUUCAUUUGUGUCUUCAGCUGAACAGAAACUGUUUUGAGGAAUGGCACAAAAGUCUGUGACCGUGAUGGGUCCUUUAAAACAGAUCUUGUAUAAUCAUGCUAAAAGUUUUUGCCUGAGCUUGGCCAAAAUAAUUUUUCAAAUGUUUUAUAUCUAAGUGUUCAUGAACAAAAUCUAUACAAAGGGAGGCCAAAAACAUCCAAAAAGUGACAAAUGAACUACAGAUUAAAAAAUACGUAAAGGAAAGAGACUUGGAUACACAAUGCCAAUACAGUAAAAAGAACAUAUUAGAAAACUUGUGUCUCUGUCUGUUUGAAAACUGACUUUCUUUCUUUUUUUUCUGACACAAAUGUAAAAGUCAUGUUUGUUUACUUUUUAGAGUAGCACAUCAUUGAUACUCCAAUAAAG